AUGAUUAGAGCGAUGUUUGUCGGCUGGUUGGCAUUUUAUAACCUACAGAAUUAAUAUAUGAUAAAAACAUAGCUGAACAACGUCAAUAAGAAAUAAACUCUCUUAUUAACAAGUUAUCAAUAAUAAUAAUUACAAAUCAUCAUAAGUGUAAAACCCCAAAAAUGAAGUGUCAAUUAUUUUUAUUUGCAAUAAUUGCAUUGGUGGGAACAGUAUGGGCUGAUGAAGAACCAGAAUCAGCAAGAUUACUUGUUGCUAAACAAAUUCUUAAUAAAUAUCUUGUUGAAAAUAUGGACAUAAUUGUCAAGUAUACAGUUCAUAAUGUUGGAAGUGUUGCAGCCUUGGAAGUUGAAAUAACAGAUAAUUCAUUCCAUCCAGAUCGUUUUGUUCAUGUCAGUGGUGAAUUGAAUGCAAGAAUUGAUCGUGUACCACCACAUAGUAAUGUCAGUCAUACUGUUGUCAUUAGACCACGUAAAUAUGGAUAUUUUAAUUUCACAUCUGCUGAAGUAUUGUAUCGUCGUACUGAAGAUGCACCAAGACUACAAGUUGCUGUUAGUAGUGCACCUGGUGAAGGUCUCAUUGUUUCAUACAGAGAUUAUGCUAAAAAAUUCUCAUCACAUGUUAUUGAUUGGACCGCUUUUGCUGUUAUGACACUUCCAUCACUUGCAUUACCAUUUGCUCUUUGGUGGACCAGCAAAAGUAAAUAUGAAGCACUUUCAAAAGUAUCAAAAAAACAUUGAAAGACUUGAAAAAUUUAUUAUUGUACAGAUUUAACUGAACAUUUAAAUGAAAAAUAAAAUAAAUAAAUCAUUUUUUUUUUUAAUAAAUAAUUUAGUAUAAACAAAAUUUUAAUAAAGAAAAAAGAAAUUAAAUUAAUAUCUUUCAUUUUGAAUGAUUGUGAUGAGUGUUAUAAUAAUGUGUAUUGUUUAAAUAAAAAAAUAAAACAAUUAUUUAUAAAUGAACAAUAAAAAAUACUCAAUUAUUAUACAAUUUUUAAUUUUUUAUUAUUAAAACAAAAACAAUAUAUAUUAUAGAACAUAUAUUUUUUUUUCUUUUUUUUUUUUUACAUCUCAAGUUGGAGGGGUUUUUAUUUUAAAUUAAUUUUAAAUUGUUUUUAUGGCAUUUUUAAAAGAAAUUAAUUUUUAAGCUUAAAAAUUACUAUGAACACCAAGAUUACUUAUUUCUAAAAAAUAAUAAUUAUCAUUAACAAAAACAAUUUAUUAAUAUAUUAUUAAAAAUACAUAUUCUAAUAUUUAUUUUUUUUUAAAAAUGAAAAUUAAAUGAAAAAAAACAUUUGUAAUAUUUUGAAAU